CAAAGAUAAAUAAUUUCACCCAUAAAAUGAGUAUUUUCAACCAACCUUUAAAAUCGAACUAUAAAUAAACAUUCCCCAAUUUGUUUUAUUCAUAUUGUGGCUAUACAUAGCGAACAAACCUAUUAGUUGUAGCUAUGUGUAGUCCCAAAACAUAUCACCAGAUGGAUACAUGCGACUCAGUAAUGACACGUCACUACUACACGACUACAGUGAGUGAAGGCAACAACUUAACACUACCGCAAUUGAGUAGUUUAUGGUAGUUUAUCAAAGUCAUAAUUAACACUUGUAAUUAAAAUAAUAAAUAAAACAUAUUUGCAUAAUAAAUAUUUUAAUGUGUGUAGUUAAUUUUAUUAACGCAACCCCACAAUAUGUUACUAGACGUUUAUACAAUAGUGAACAAAUAUAAAUUUUCUAUAAAGUUGCAAAUGGAGAUAAUUAACUCCUUUCCAGAUUGGCACUGUCAAAUGACAGACAAAAUAUUGCUAGAGUUAAGUUUAAAAUUUGAAAAAGAAUUUAGAACUAGAGAUAUCUCUAUUAUAGAAGAUAUAUUAUUAGAUAAUUCACUAGAUAUUCCCUUUGAAAAUUAUCAAAACAUAGAUAUUAAUAGUAAAUUCACUCCAUCCAUACCUUCAACAUCUGCAUUAGAUGAAUCUGCUCCAUUAAAUUCAUUGAUUGCAGAAUUUAUUAGAUCAAUUUGAACAUCAAGAAAAACAAUCCACUACUCAUCAGAAAAGAAAAAUUCAGGGUAAAAAACAAUCAAACAUAAAAACGUUUUUAACUCGCUCUCUCCAUCGAGAUACAUAUAAAAAAAGAAAACACCGAGAAGAGACAACCGAAGAUAUAAUCGACUUAACAAUAGAAAAUGAAGAAGAUCAUAUUAAAAAGAAGUCUUGAACAAGCAGGUAAGAAAACCUUUAUUAUUCAUUUUUAAAUUUUUAUUAAUGUUUUUAUGUAUCCUCCAACAACUAAAUCGAGAGCAAACGAAGAUGUAUUAUCUAGCUGUGAACUACCUCCUCCCUCACCGUCAGAUGAAACAAAAACAUGGGUAGCUAUUAAAUGUUUUAAUAAUCGAAUUUUCGCGGGACGUUUACUCAAUUAUGAGAACACUAAAGAUAUGUCAGAGUUUUUUAAAUAUAAAGAAAAAUUGUUACAUGAAAAAAUUGAUGAAUACUUAUCUUUGCAUACUCUAAUUAAGGUAGCAAUAGGAAUAAGAUGUGAUUUUAUCAUUAAAAAAAGUGAUACAGAAGUCAUCGAUGCAUUUCAUUUUAUGCUAAAUCUCCAACACUAUGAUCAAACAACCGAAUUUGCUAGUUGGUAUAAUGAUUCAUUAAACAAAAUUAUUGGCAGAUUAGAUGAGUUUCAACAAAGAGGAUCAAAUGCUACUCUAGAUAAAAUUCUUUGUUUAGAGUUAAAUAUCGCGAAAUUUGAUCCAAUGAAAGGUGGAACUUAUAUACCUCUACCAAAAUCGGUUAAUGACGACUCUACAAAAAAUGAGUAUUAUUCAUAUUCGGGUCCGGAUGUAGCAAAAUGGUUUGUUACUAAAUUAAAAGAGAUUGUAAAUUCAAUUGAGGAAAUAUAUGAGAUUAUUAUUCCGAUACACAUGACUGAAGAAAACGAACGUAUAUUUCAAUCAUCAACAAUGUGUCAUAUUUGUGAAAAACCGUUUUUAGAAGGUCAGGUGAAGGUGAGGGACCAUUGUCAUUUAACCCCCCUCAAAACCCCGCAAACCUCAAACUUCCGCGGAGCAGCUCAUGAAAGCUGUAACCUUAAUUAUAAAACAGCAAAUUUUAUCCCUGUAUUUUUUCAUAAUGGCUUUCACUAUGACUUUAAUUGUUUUAUUCGUGAAAUGGGAUAUGCUUGAAUAUUAACAGUGAACACUAUAUAUCAUUUUCAAAAAAAAUGGGGUCUUUUAAAAUGAGAUAAAGAGAUCACACUUUAGUAAGAGAUACUUAGAAUUUUCUUUCCCUAAUUCUCCUUUUCUAAAUCUUGAAAUUAAUGUUUAUUAUCCUAUAAAAAAACUAUAUAAUUACUAUGAGAUUAAAUUUUCUUACCUCUCUUUUAUAUAAAUCUGAUGGUAUUUCUUGUUUGGAAAUUAUAAAAUCAUAUGAUUCAUCACCCUCAGAUUCAAUAACAUAUUUCAAUCUCGGAUGAUGAUGUAACAUCCUGAGGCUUAGUAUGAAGAAUAAUUGAUCCAUAUAUUCUCUUUCAAAAACAUUUGGGUGGUUAGUCUCCAUCCGAUUCCACAGACAUCACUCCAGGUAAUUGAAAAUAAUCAAACACAUCUAUACAAAAAUUAUUGUAUGUUGGGAUUGAUGAAUUGCAAAACUUCUUAACGAUUUGUAGAGAAGUUGCAUAACAUAAUAGUUAAUUUCAAUCUUCUCCUCAAAAAUUUGAAUUGAAUGCAUUUUUAACAAAUGAACUUUAAACCGAAACUAUUGCUUUAAUAUACAAUCUUAUUUUACGUUUUUCCU